AUGCAUAUAUAAAAUUUUGCAAGUUUCUUAUUUUUAAAUGGUAUGUUUACUAUUGAAUCAUAUACAUAGAGUGUUGAUAUCGCUUCAAUAGUUACAUAUUAGAAAUCAGUUGGAAAAAAAUUGAAGAAGUAGUUAAAUAUAGUAGCAAAAAGAGUUGCAUCAUUAAAUUCAUAAGUUCUGUAGAAAAAAAGCAAUGUUAUUGUUGUGCAUAUUGUUAAGAAUAAACCUAGGUAUGAAGUAACUAAGAAAAUAACAGGUUUUUAAUUGCAAUUGCUACCAUAAUACUAAGGCAAAAAUUCAUAUUAGCCACAACUUGAGAUUCCUGAAUUAAUUUCAAGAUUAGGUAUAGAUACUAAAGUAAUCAAUACCAGUUCCAGUAGAAAAUUCUGA